AUGCCUCCAAAGCCAAAGUCAAAGCAAUCCCCCAAGCUUACAAAAAGUGGUUUGCCAAGAAAACCUCGUCGCACGAAAGCGGCUUUAGCAUCAGAUGCUGCCUUAUGUGGGCAAACGGUGAGAGGCAAGCAAACUCGUGCUGAACUCAGACAAUCUCGUUUGGCUGCGGAAGAACGAGACCGCUUGGAAACCCAAAAGUCCACCACUUCACGUUCAACGGUCACAGCUUCAAGAUCCCAGGGAACUUCAGCAACUCCCAAAUCUAGAAUUCCGACUCUAAAAUCUCCAGCUUUGACUCCGAAACCUCCUUCAGCAUCUCAACCUUCUGUACCAGCAUCUCAACCUUCUGUACCAGCAUCCCAAGCAACACAAAAUGGACCUCUCUUUCAAAGACCCGACUAUGAGCGUAUUGUGACUUUCCUGUCUGUACCUAAGAACCGCGAUAUAAUCUUUGGAUUGGCUCAAUCCCCAGCUACCUACCUCAGCACCUUAGCCAAAGAAAUCAACACGGACUACAACACCCGAAAUCAAAUCUUUAGUCAAUCAAAAUCACACCCAAACGGAUUGGUAAUGAACCUCACCGGGAGAACUCUGGAAGCCCGCAUCAAACGGUACAAGGCCAGGUACCACAGAGUCAGAGAGCUAGCUCGUUCGACUGGGCAAGGUCUAAAAGAUGAACAACGUGCAAAAGGUUUUGAUACUCCUCAAGAGUUAUUAGAGCACAAGUGUCCUUUUUAUGCUGAAAUGGACGCCAUCUUCAAAGAUAAGCCGAAUAUCAGUGCUUUUGCAGUGAUGGACACUGGAACAACUUCGACUUCGAAUCCCUUACCAGCCGAGCAAUCUUCCGUCGAGUCCUCUGAAAUGAAAAGCGAAGUCACUCACGUUUCCGACUCAGAAGAGGAACAAACUCAAGAAAAAAUUCAUCCAUUCCAUCCAGAUCGAACGGCAUCUCACUUAAGUUUAUCUGCUCAAGACAAUCACGCUGAAGAUUACGAAGAUUACGAAGAAGAUCAGGAGGAGGAGGAGGAGGCUCAAGAUCAAGCUCAAGAUGAAAACAACUCUGAUUAUCGCAUUUCAACCCGACAAGAAUCAGAAUCCAGACUUCAGGCAUUCAUCGCUUCUCUCACACCUGAUUUGGAUCUACCCUUCCCACCUGAUUUCAAUAUCCCCUUCCCUCUUGAUCCUUCUCAAGCCGAAUUUGAAUUCCCGGACCUACCACCACCAAUUGAUCCUUCUGCUGAUUACUGCCUCAACAUGCCACCAGGAAAUUUCUCUCCAGUAGCCGGCGCUCAACCUGUGGUCGAUGAUCUUUACUUGAAUCUCAACAAAGCCAGUUGUCCAGCUGACAAUCCUUCCACCGCGACUAACCAUUCAAUCUUACCACCUGAUUACGAUCCAGUACCAGAGUUGGAGUUGCACAGCGGAAAUGAAGACAUCCUAGACGAGCACAUCCCAGACGAGCAACCAACUCAAACCACCAAAAAGCCCAAGAAGAAACGCCGUGCGGAAGCCUUGCUCACAGCCGAGGAAAUGGCUCUUGAUUCUGGAAGCGACGACAAUUUGCCAACUCAAACCACCAAAAAGCCCAAGAAGAAACGCCGUGCAGAAGCCUUGCUCACAGCCGAGGAAAUGGCUCUUGAUUCUGGAAGCGACGACGAUUCGGAAAUCCUUGGCCCUUCCAAGAAGAGGAUGAAGCAAUCACAACCCCAGUCCCGCAAGUCCACCGGCCCCAACAAAACCAUUGUCUCCCGCCCGAUGGAUCCUCUUCCUUCUAUCGAUCCAUCGGCAGUUCGUACGAAGGACCUCAAGAAUCCUAUCGCUGUUGCACUGAUGACUAGCAGCCAUGAUAGAAAUAAAGAGAUCAGAUCUAACAACAUCUGGCGUCGCAACUUAGAGAUGAUGAAGCAAAAAGAGGCUGCUGACGCCGAGGUAAUCAGAAAGCAAGAAGUACAAGCCGUGAAGCUAUUCGAACAGCAAAAACUUGAGAAGGAGCAUAUACAAGCACAAAUUGUUGAACGUAGCAAAUUCGCUCAAAGCCUUAUUUUAUCUGGCAAAUCUCCUCAAGAAGUUACAGAUUACCUUGCUGCAGUAUUUCCUGCCUUUGGAACCGAUUCUCUUGCUGUUGCCUCAUCUGAACAAUCGUAA